UCCAAAAGAAUCAAUAUCAUGCGGUGUCUAUUUUCACGUCUGUUGUCAACUUUGUUGUCAGGGGCAGUUGGGGUGGUUUGAUCUGCACAAACUGUCGCGUUACAGUGAGCUUCCCAGGCUCUAGUGCUUUGUGUGCAGUGACACAGUGUGCUUUGUGCCUACACACCUGCCUGAGCUUCUGCUUAUAGCAUGAAAAAGUGUUGAGUCGCUUAGCAACAUUUUACUGCACGAGCGGCGCCAAAUUCAAAACUAACACCAACAUAAGAGCUUCUACAACUCGAGUGACAGACAAUGGACGUGUUUACAGUGAAUAACGUUAACUUGGAUGAAUCCACCUCCAGUUCUGAUGCUGCUGAUGUGUUAAUUCGCUCCACUAAAGCGGUGCUUCAACAAAAAAGUCAGACAACCAGGAGCGAAAAUAUGGAUUGUGGCUACAGAGAUAUUAAUAUUUAUGUCAGGAGACUUUCAGACUCUGUUCACGGUUCCUGUUUGGCUGAAAGUGGAUUUCAGGAGAUGAAUUUUCCUCCUGUGCUUCCUGUAAGCACACAUUCAGCUUCAACCACAGCACCUAAAGACCAACAUCAUACAGCAUCAGAUCCAGGUCAUGGAGUUUCCAGGAGAAGUGAUCUUCCAAGAGAAGGUAGAGAUACAUUAAAAUCAUCAGUCGCACAAACAAGGGACAAAGAGCAAGAAGGGCAGGAUGUGUUAAUAUCGAGAUACUCUGCUCAUCGGAGAGGUGCUGUUGUUGCUGCCUUAAAGCACAGAUCCCACAGCAUACCGGGGAGGCGGGAGGUUAGGGUACAGUUGUUGGAUGCUGGACGUCCACAGAGCAGCGAACCAAAUCUUCCUGAAGUCCAGAAUAACACUGCGUUCUCAUCACAGGAUGCUGGAGCUGCUUCAACUGCGGCAGCCAUUACAGCUGCUGCCAUUGCAGCCACAGCUCCUCUCAUCAAAGCCCAGAGUGAUAUGGAGGCUCGCGUGGCUCAGGUGGCAUCUGAGUUGCGGCGACUCCAGGAAGCUGAGGGCAAAGUGAACAACGCAUCAGAGAACAGAUCGGGCAGUGGUGCGGACAGAACGGUCCAGCUGCAGGAGCAGCUGAAUGUACUGACCCAGCAGAGACUUCAACAUCUGGAAAUGAUCCAAGGCCAACAGUUUGAGCUGCAGACCCGUCUCUUAGGUUCUGCUCUGGAUGCUGUAACGACACGUACCGUCCCACCCUCACACUCCACACAUCACACAGGCUCUGGUGUAACCCUGCCAGAGUGUGUACACAGACCAGAGUUUAGCAGGAUUCAUGUAGAGGAAAAUGCUGAUGCUGGAAAUUCAGGCUGGACAGUGGCCCAGGAGCAAAGCAGGGAGACUCCGAGAAGAGGAGGGAAAAGUCUGCUAGAGAUGCCGGCACCACGUAAUGUCAUCCCCAAACCCACCCAGUGGAAUCGUGCAGCCUACAGCAAACAGAAGAGGACACACAAACCUGAACAGACAAAGCGCGGAAAUGGCAGGCUGCAGGAACAGAUCUCUAACAACCAGAAAUCUACAAGACAUCCAGCACAGCCUGAUGGAGUAAGGCAAGUUGCCAUAGCAACAGUCAAUGACAGCCAACCAGAGCAUUCAAGAGAGAACCUAGGAGAAACAUGCUGUUUUCCCACUGGAAGGGUUGAACCAGAGAGGCCAGCUGCUACACUGACCAAACUUCUGAGCACAAACAUGAGCCAAGAAAACCUGAAGGGAAUGACUACUUUAAUCCAUGCAGCUCCAAGCAGCUCCAGCUCUGCUGUUCAGCAGGCCAAUGCAGAGCUACAGGAUCUGAGCAGACUCAAAGACGAGAUGAGAAACUUAAUCCAGACUGCUGAUGCAUUUCCUGUGAAGCCUGUCGAACCAAGCCACCCCACACCCCCCACCCUGCCCUCUCAUCCACCCAAGCCCCCACCCCCAGUCUCCAUGCCAUCACAACAACAUGAUAAGGUCAGUCCUGAGGCUAUUCUCCUGCCUCGACCCAACCAGCUACAGAAUAGCCAUCCACCUGUCUCCAUGUUUGAGGAUGCGGAAUGUGUCCUGAGGCAGGUCAGACAAAGCCGGAAGGUUCUAGAGGAGAAUCUGCAGGCAAUUCUGAGAGCCAAGGAUGGAGAGGUGCUUCAUACACAACUAGAGGCUCUGUCAAACAACAGGGAUGCCAGCGAGGAGCUGAGGAUAAAGAAAACUGUUGAUGCUUGGAUCAACACAGUGAGCAAGGAGAUUCGGGAUGAGCUAGCACAACAUGGAUCUGUUGUUCAGAUGAAGGCUGUAGAGAGAGAUAGUGUGGCAGCAGGCGGAUCAACACAGCAGGGUCAGAGCAGCAGGAGCAGGAGCACAGCUGGGAAAGAGGCUGGAAGUCUGGGGAGAGAGCGGAAAGGAGCUACUGCAGCGGCAAGGAGAAAAACCUCUCACAGAGACUCCAAUAGACCACAGGCAGUGAGCACACAGGCUUCCAGCCAAGAGCUUGCCUCAUCUUUCAGAAACAGUACUGAGCAGCACCCACAGGCGUCAAAAGUGCUGAAGUCUACAGGUGAUGAAGCAUACCUAACGAAGGUGUACGGGAAAGCCCUGUAUGAGGGACAACGGCGCACAUUAAAGAAAGGCCCCUACCUCCAUUUCAGCUCUCCUACACCCAAAUCCAAAGUGCAGCGUCCUAAAAUGGUGGAGCGUGUUAAAGGUGUGAAGAUGAAGUCCUGCAAAACCCAGACCAGUGUUUCUGAAGCUUGUAAGGCGUCGCUCCUGCAGCAGGUGCCCUCUGAGCCCCAGUACCUGUUCAGUCCUUGUAGCCCCAUCCAGGAACAGCAGCCUAGUUCUCUGUUAAAAGGCUACCUCAUGCCAAUGGCCAUCCCUCUAGGCAAGCCCAGAGUUGAUGCCCAGGCCGCUUUGCCUUUACGGGUCAUCAUUAGUGACAAACCUGCAACUGUGAUCACCUCCAUCCCUCCUGCACCCAGAGUGGCUCCUCUCAUCCGUAAGCCCAACACAUUGCUGCUGGAAGUUGAAUCUGAAUCCAAGAAACCUGCCCCAAACCUCCAAAUACAGGUUCAACCCAGUGUGAACAUCGAGAGUGUAUCGGCCCAGAGCUGCACACUCUCUUCGUCACCUCCUCCUCCUCUUCUUCCUCCUCCAUCCUUUCAGUCCGAAGCAUUCGAGGCCCAAGCAUUCGAAGAUGAGGCUGAGGAGAAUGAUGGCUUUCCUGGAACCAAUGUCUUUGAGGUGGCAGAAAACAGCCAGGAGCCUGAGCUGGAGGGAGUGUUUCCUGAUUCUCCUCUAGAGCUGCAUGGACUUCCCACUCCGCCAGUUACUCUGUACCAUGGGCCGACUUUCCCACCACAGCGAAGCCAGCCCAGUCCCCUCACCCAGCCAGUAAUCACUGCCAUCCAGCACAGAGAGACCCUGGAGAACAGACUUGUGGACUGGGUGGAGCAGCAGCUGAUGGCAAGGAUGAUCAGUGGCAUGUUCCCUCAGCCAGUCCAUACAGACCCAGCCAUCAAUUCAGAGCCGGAGGACAGUGUCUCUUCAGACACCACAGGGGAGACAGCGGGUGGAUUGCUGCUGGCUGUGGAUGCUGGAGUACCAGUGGACUCUGUGCUCAUCAGGCAGUAUGUGAAUGAGGUGCUGACUGACUUAAUCGCCCAAACACUGGGCCAGAGAGAGGGACUGACAGAGCCUCCUGCUCCAGCUUCAUCAGAGGAUGCACACGUUCAGCAGGAGAGUGCAGUACCGACACCGGUUCCCACUCCCGAGCCCAGUGUUAUAGAGAGUUCUCCAGCAUUGAGGGAGGUGCCGUCUCCAAUAAGCACUCCAGAUCUCUCAGAGCAUCCUUCCCUUGUUCAAUCAAACAGAGAUUCCCAGUAUGCUCAACCUAAGCAACCAGUUUUACCAGAACUAGAACCAGUGGAAACACCUGUGUGCACUCCAGUCCCAUCCCCCAGAAGAACAGAGACGCCCGAGCCAGAAAACCCACACAACAAUCAAUGGGAUGAUGUAGAACUUCCUCGUUUAGAGGAGAAACUACACAGUGAAGGAGAAGAGCAACAACCGCAACCGGUUGACCUUUCAGUAGCUCAUGAGGAGGAGGAAGAGUCAAUCAUCCGUCCAUUUUCUCCAGUUCUACCCAAACCACAGAAUCCUUCAACUGCUGCAACAGAGCAUACUCCACCUGCUCCUCCAGAGUGUCCGUCUGAGAAGGAGAGCAGCUCAAACUCCAGCACCUCUAUCACAGAGACAGAGACGGAGACAGAGGCAGAGACUGCAGCCAGACACAUCUCUGAGGGAGAGCUGCUCCUCAGCUGUGGCCAGAUGGCUGAAGUCAGAGCUUUGGCAGAGGAGGGCGUCACUUUGCAGAACCUAAUGACAAGCUUUAACAGCUCACUGAAUGGAGUCCAAGAUAUGGAUUAUGAUCCUCCAAGUGAGGGUGAGGUGGCCAGAAGGCGUCUUGUUUCUGCACACCGUGACCCAAUCCUGUCACUGCUGGCCCGGAUGGAGCAAGGUCCAGUCAGCCAAUCACACCAACCUGAAAGGUGGAGGGAUGACGAGAGCUGCGGGGAGCUGAGCGAGGGGCAGCGGCCAGUUCUGACUGUAGCACAAGAGAGAGUGGUGAUGGGACACUCUCUCAUCUCGCAGCAUCAGUCUGUCCAGCCCUCUGCAAUACAGUCACAAAACACCUACACUAUCCUGAGUUCACCUGGACAAUCAGAAACUCAGCACACAGGUGAAAAAGGUGCAGUCUCUAAGAAUGGUGGGCUGUCAGUAAACGUCUCCCUAUCAGCAGAGCACACAGAGCCUCCACAUGCUCUUCACUCGUUUACUGCAUCUACCCUACAGCCAGGAGACUAUGCACAUCAACAGGCUGCUGAGCCACGGCCGAUAGUAAACAGGCUGACUCCAAUACUGGUGAAGCAAUACAACAGCACAGAGGAGCCAGGGAGAAGACCCUCUCAUGUUUCUUCAUCAACAGCAGUCCUGCACAAACAAAGGGGGCCAAAGCCCAAGCUGACACAGUGUCUCCCAGCACUAGGUUCUUCUCGUGGAGGUCCUUUUAAACAAAGAUGAGAGAGGAUUAUUUACAUAGUCCAAACUGGAUGCCUGUCUUCUUAGGGCUGCUGGCCAAUAUUUAAAUCCAUUUUUGGUUUGUAUACAUGAAUCUAGCAGUGAAGCACUGUACAUUUGACUCAAUACAGAUUUAUAGUCAAGUAACAAACUGUUGAUCAAUAUCACAAGCACUUUGUUACAGUGAUUAAAUGUCUAGUGUAAUCUCUUAAUUAAAUCCAUGCUUGAAAAGCUUGAAGUACAAACGUGGCAUGUUCCCUUGUGGCGCAUUUUGCAGAGAGCUGUUGACACUAUUGGCGCAUGUUUGUCAACGCUGCCUGGGCCCCUGGUGCUCUGCAGACAGGAUGAGAAAAAGUCUGAAGUUAAGUCUAGGAUUGUACUGUGUUCUCCUAUUAAAACAGGAAAUAAAGGAACAAUAAUCAACCCCACCAGACAAUGUAACCAAAACCAAACCAAAGCUGGUCUUUCUGCCAAACAUUCAUCCAUUCCCCAAUCAGCACCAGUAUUUGGAAUUUAUAGGUCAAAACCUCUGCAAUAACACAGAAUAAACAAUCCGGUUUUUGUCAGACUAAGCCUCAUAUUGCUUUCAAUUCAUAGAAUUAUUUAAAAAAAAAAAAGCAUCAUGGACAUUGUAUUGCCCAAGUGUCAUGAAAUGUUUUCUUUGUUAAUUGUUUUGACUCCAGAUUGCUGCUUGCUCUCAAAGCCAGAGAAGCAUGUCCACUGGAUGCCAUUCACUUAAAACAACAGAGAAAAUGGCGAGAGAGGUUUUCUCAUGCUAAACAUAACAGUGGACAAACACUGGCUUAUCUGGAAUUACUGUUGUGUGUUGAGAAAAUAUUUUCUUUGGUCGGCUUUGGGAAAUAUCCAUAGACAUUAAAAAUGUCAGGAACAUCCAACCCCUUCGUUCUUAGAUUUGGCCGCAUGUCAUGUUUUCUCCCCAGUGCAGUUGUACAUUGUGAAUGUACAUUGUGAAAAUGUAACUCUAGUGAGAGAUAUUUAUAUAUAUAUUCUUUUAACAAAUGAUUAAAAAUGAUGAGAUACGAAUGUGCCUGGAGUUAUAAUUCCAGCAUUAUAAUUAUAAUUUUAAGAGUUGUAAUUAAAGCACUAUGAAAGUGUUUGCCUUUAUGCUGACCGAUAAAGCCCAUGGCAUUAGAUGAAACAGCUAAACACCAUUGUUCAAAAUCACCCAAAGGCAUGAAGUGAUUAAAUUCAACCAAGUAUUUAGCUGCAGAUGGUUAGGAUCCAUUUCUCAACUUGGGUUCUCAGGCUUUGCCCACACCUGUUAACGGUAACAUACUCUGAAAAAGAAGCGUGAUCUUUUGGAUUUUGUUUGUCAUUCCACCUCUGUUGUAGACCAGCAGUGCCGUCUCCACUGAUUAUUAUCUUAAAUGCUUGUUUUGACAGGAUGGUAAGUACCCUGUACACUGAGGUUUGAGUGUGUGUGUGUGUGUAGUAUGAAGCUUGGUCAAGUUCAUGUUUAUUAUCACAGAUGCUGUCACAGAUGGUUACAGAGUGAUUGCACACCUCACUUUAGUUUUUCAGGUCAGUAGCAGGACACUCUCCAGAGCGGUUUAGCCACUUCAGAUUCUUCCAAAGGCUAUGGGAGGGCUAUGAGCUAGUAAAACUCUGGAAUGUUGCUUUUGAGAUGUUUAAAGAAAAUCAUAACAUACCGUACUUGCAGAAUAUGUUUUAUGAGGUGCAAUAUACACCAAACUCAUCACUUUUUUUUUUUUUUUUUAUACCAAGCUGGUAUUUGAUAUUCCGGGAAUGGCUUUAAAAUUCUAACAUACUCAUGCUUCACAUCAAGGUGGUUAUGAGCAGAAUUAUAUGGCAUCACUAUAUAGAGUUUUGUUGGCUGUGUGAAUACUUGAACAUGUUCCGUGAGAAAAGAAUUAGAAAAGUUACACCAAAGAAAACUACAACUAAACUAAAGACUACAUUUAAGGAAAUAUCUCAUGGAAGGAAGGAGGGGCUGUCUCUGUCCUACACUAAUGCUUGUCAUUUAACAGCUAGUUAUUUACAUUUAGCAGAAUAUUUUGUCCAAAACGACCAGCAAAGUGACAUAUCAAGCAGAAGACAAUAGUAGUGCUACCAUACAAGAAGUGCACAGAGUAGAAGUGUGAAAAGAGCUUGUGUAUGUGUAUAUUAUUAUUAUUAUUAUUAUUAUUAUUAUUAUUAUUAUUAUUACUAGUAAAGUGUUCACAGAAGAGGUGAGUCUUUUAGCCAUUUUUUUAAGAUAAUGACUGAUUCUGCUGUCCGGCUUAAAGUUAGAAGUUCGAUCUAAGGUUGAAACUACAAGUGCUGUUUUCAGUUGUGUUGAUUUUAACAAGCCCAGUGCAGUCAUUUGCUGUAAGAUGAAGAUCCGUGAGAAGCUGAUGUCAGCCUGCCCAGCUGUAGUGCCCUGUCUCUUUCUGAACAGCUGCAGAGGGCUAAGAGCAUGAAGACUCAAGCAUCAGGCAUUCAACAUUACUCUUCCAGAUCACAUAUAUUUUGUUGUGUCUGUUAGGAAUUCUGCACGUUUGAUGUUUAUAUGCAUGGCCCUCAGAGAGUUUAAGGCAAAUAGCAACCACACUUGCUUGCUUUAGCAGAUCUACAAAAAAGUGAGAAUUACAUUCCAUCAAGUAAAAAGCAUCUAAUAUUAAUUGCCGAAUCUUACAUUAUGCAUUAUUAAUAAAUGCAAUCAUUAUUGCAUUUUUUUUAUAGUUUAAAAGAGAGCUCCCAUUUUUAAUUUUGCAUUUGACUUCUCUGAGUCCAUUGCAGGAUGAUGUGCACCAUGUUUCUUCAAUGAUGACAUCAAAUAGUACUUAGUUAUCAAUCAGUGCCUAUGAAUGGAUGGAUGUUUCUACUACUGGGGUGUAUUAUAUUCAUCAUCUCAUAACUCUUUUUCUAUCCUCUUUAAAGAGAUGUCUCUGUUUUAUUAGCUGUAGAGAUAAGCCAUAUGAAUGGCAUAUGGAAAGGAGGAAGGAGAGAGGGAUAUCCUCUGAAACUAAUAUGGUAUUUGGAGUGUGAAUGAGAGUUUGAAUAGCCCUCACCCCACCAUCCUGAGUCCUCUUCAUCCAGAGAGAUGCAUGGAUUUAUCCGUCGAACAGCAGGCUUUGAUGUGCAGAACCAGGCUGUCAUGCUAAGCCACACGCCAGAAGGUCCUGGCUCUGCUGUCCCAGGUGGAGAAGUGCAGCUUUAAUGGAAGCUCUCCUGUUACAGUCAGCCCUUGGUUGGAGAGGUUGUGCCCUGAGCUGUGUUUGAAGUUGAGCUACGCUGAGACUAGAGACCUUCUGCCUACAUAUGUUGACAGAUGUGCAUCAAGCUUCCUGACAGCGCUGUUUUGGCUCUCUGAAGUUUUCUCUAAAAGGGAAAGUCACGGAAUAUAUGAACAAAUUAUUGCUAUAUAGCACUACAAAAUAAUUAAAAUGAUCAUCAGAUGUUUUUUGCAUGGGACUGAAAACUCUUUUCAAAUUACUCAGACAGUUGAGGAACAAGGUAUGAAUUAAGAGAAAGCAAGGAUUCUUUCAAGCAUUUCAUUCUUUGGCAUAAUUCAAAAUAAAUCACUUUUAGAUUUGAAAUAAUUAAAUAAAUAAUUAUGGCACCACAGUUCAACCUAUCGGACCCUUUGACUGUAGGAAUAGGAAGCUUGUCAUUUAAGUUGUGAAAGCUGACUCUGGCUAUUUAACAUGAUCACAAUCAGUUAUGAAAGAAAAAACAUGCUGUGUGAAAGAAAAACAUGCUCUGUGUGUGUGUGUGUGUGUGUGUGUGUGUGUGUGUGUGUGUGUGUGUGUGUGUGUGUGUGUGUGUGUAAUGGCAGAAAGCUUUCUAUAAAGCACUGAAACAGCUAAUUCCAUAAACCAUACAGAAAGUUUUUCCAUUUUUACUCAGAUUAUUAUUAGCCUUCAGUUAUGUAGAAUGUGUGCCAUAUAAGAGUGUCUGAAUGAACUGUUACAACAAUUACAGCCUGCACUACUGUCACAAAUAUUCAGCACCUUCUGACCAGAUUUAAGCAGCGCUAUCGUAUUAGUGGAAAUAACUGACAUCCGAAAUCCUAACAUAAAUGUUAUUAAAUAUGGAGAACUAAA